AUGACAUCAUGUUGUGGCUUUCGUAUAUGGAUGGUGCUCUUCAUGUCUGGCGUCCUCACGCUGUUUCUCUACAUAAACACCGUGUUUGGAGAAGACGAUUUCCGAGAAAGCAAGGAUCCGCCAGAGAACUCGCAGACUGAGCUACAAGAAGCAGCGAAGACACGAAGUGUGUCAUCGCCAGUCAAGACGGAUAUUCAACCCCAAAUGGCGUGCCUAGCUUUAAUCUCCGUCUCGACUACGGCCAGCGAGCUGCAGAUACGCGAGGAGCUGAUGGGCCCCCUGCAAGAAGUUGCAGAUUCUUUGGUGAAGGGCAACUUCGUUGAUACCUGGAUGACUGUGGACUACUCUGCAGCCUACAAAAGGGGUGUCAAUACGACAGCUCAAUGGGGUGAUCUUUCAGAGUUCCGACCAGGUCAUACUCAUGGUAGAUCUUUUGACGAUUCGCAAACUGCAGACAUUGAAUUGGCCCACUAUUACGCGGUGGAUCAAUGCGAUGCACCGUACAUAGCUAUCUUUCAGACAGACAUGAUCAUGUAUACACAGCGAGGAUACUCGUGGGUGGAGGAGGCGAUGCAGGCUCUCCGGGAUAACGAGGGGCUCGUGCUAAUCAUUCCCGCAUUUCCGGGCAUUGCGUCACGGAGGGUGCGGCAUCGGCCCACCACCCGGCCCAUAGCCAAGUUCUUCCAGGAGCCUCUCCAGGGACAGGUGAAGCUGGAAGAGACCACUUGCCAGCAUCCCUUCACCCUUCCAGGUCGGGCGACUUUGCUGGACAUCCACAGAUACAGGCGGCUACCAGCACGAAGCCAGAUUAUGGAGAAUCACAAUGGACAGGUGGACCCUGGCUCCAAAACGAACCAAUGCUACCAUGCAGCACCUAGUUUUGAGCUGAUGGCUCAUCUCAGCAACUGGCAGAAGUCUUGGGUGCAGCAUGCGCCGUUGACCUCUGUGAGGUAUGACAUGGCCAGGCUGAAGACGGAUGUUAUAAUCAUCGAAUCUGGGCGUGAUGCUGCCGACAUGGGCUCCGAGUACAAGGGGCUCGCGACGUAG